AUGGUGAUGAUCCCCGCAAACGACGACUUCCAGGCGGUGAUCUUCGCCGGCGGCAAGGGCAGCCGAAUGAGCCAGCUGCUGGGCGGUCGGCCCAAAUGUCUGCUCCCCAUCGCCAACAAGCCGAUGAUCGCCUACCCGCUGGAGCUGCUGGUCAGGUCGGAGAUAAAGGAAACCUUCAUCAUCGUCCUCGACAACGAGGAGGAGGCAAUUCGAAAUGCCGUCAACAAGCUCGGCCUGGUGGGCGAAAAGUUGACAGUAACCUACGUCCCACUGUCCCACAACAGCGACUGUGCCACGGCGGAGGCGCUGCGGACGCUGGGCGACAAGAUUGAGAAAAACAUCCUCAUCCUCUCCUGCGACACGGUGACCGACCUCACCUCGCUGGCCGCCUUCAUCCGCCUCUUCCGCCUGGAGAUGCCCACCUUCUGCUGCAUCCUCUCCCGUUUUCCCUCCGAGAAGGAGAACCAGGUUCCGGCGAAGAAGCUGCACGACACCAAGGAGUACGACAUCAUCGGCCUCGACGCCAAAAAUCCCCACCGGCUGGUCUUCUUCGAGCCGGACAGCGAAUUUGGCGGCAGCGACUCGGCGGUGCCGCUGAAGAAGGGCAGCCUCCUUCGGCAGUGUCCGCACUUUACGCUUACCACGAAGCUUCAGGACGGGCACAUCUACCUCCUCGACCGCUCCAUCCUCAAGUACCUCUGCGCUAGAGAAAACAUCAAAUCGCUGAAAGCCGAUCUGGUGCCCUCCAUCGUGCGCAAGCAGUUUCGCCGGCAGAAACACUGGCCCAGCAAGAAGACCGGCGCCCACCCAACAACGGUCAACCUCGGAGACGGCCUGGAGGACUCGGUGGUCGUCGAGGAUCAUCAGGCGAUCAAUCAGUCUCCUUCGGAUCAAGGAUUCAAUCCAGCGGUGGCCACCACCACCUCCGGCCACGUGAAGCACUUUGCCGAGUACCUCGAGAAGCGGCCCAUGUACGCGCUGAUCGACCAGUUGGACGCCGGGGACCUCGACUCUGUAGAACCUCCAGCUCAAGUGUACCCAAACAGCGCCGUCAAGUGCUGCGCCCUGACGGUCGGGCCCGAGGAUUCUCUUGAAUCCUCCUCCUCUUCAGACUGCAAGGCCAGCUACCUGUUGCGCGCCAACAACUGGGUCCGCUACUGCGAGGCGAAUCGCCUGGUGCUGGCCAGGCAGAAGACCCAGCUAGGGCAGCACUUGAAGCCGGUGAAGAGCGACUCGAUUCGCUCCUUCGUGGACGCCUCCAGCCUGGUGGGCGCGGGCGCGACCGUCGGCGAACGGUGCUCCAUCAAGCGGACGGUGGUGGGCGCCAGCUGCCGCGUGGGCGACCGCGUCCGCCUGACCAACUGCAUCCUCCAGGAGGGCGUCACCGUGGAGGAGGGGGCGGUGCUGCAGGGCGCCCUCCUCUGCGCCGGCGCCUCGGUGGGCGUCAAUGCGGAGAUUCGCGACUGCAUCGUCGGGCACGGGCAGGCGGUGCACGGCCUGGCGAAGCACACCAACGAGUCGCUCACCGAGGUGAUGCUCGAUCUGUAG